ACAAUAGUCGAUUAUCCGAAUUAAUUGAGAGACAAAUCUUAGAUAAGCAGUUUUUCGAAUAAUCAUAAAAUAAGAACCAAAUUUAUGAGUACACCAAACUAAAUGUAGAAUGCAUUUUCGAAAAUGUAAACAUUUUUAGAUAUACUAAUUUAAAUUUAAAUAGCUUAAAUAUAUAUAUUCACUUAGCUUGUAUAAUCGAAUUUAAAUAAUUCAUUCUUUAUUUAUAAUUUAUGUUCUAUUGUAUUGUAUAAAUUUUGUUAUCAAAAAUACAUAAUGAAUUAUGAAUUUAAACCAAAAUAAUAUUAGAUUCUUAUAGAAAAAUUUGUAAUUCGCGCACAAGACUGUUGUAAAACGUAGGCCAAUGAGAAAAUGGGUCGCCUAGCGGCGCAUUUCCAAACAUGCCGUUGAAUUAAGGCGAGAAUGUACUGUGAAAAGAAUGUCUGAUGCGGUGAAGAGAAAGCGCGCGCGCGCAACGUAUGUACAUGAUCGCGGUGUCGUUUAUACAAGUAUAAUCCUGCGGAGGAUCAUCGAAAGGACUACACCCCUACAGUAGAGAGAGUCAAGCUUUGUCACUGAAUUAUACUUGUAUAGUGAAUAAAACCACGCAGUGAAAAAAUGAGUCUUCUGCUAGAAGAGGAAGAAAUUGACGAAUACAGAGAUGGAUCCGUGCGACUUCGAAACCCAAAUAUUGAGCUUAUGGAUCAAGAUAUAUUAUAUCAUCUUGCUCUGGGUAGUGGUUCCCACGAUCUCGUUGAAAUGUUUGGAGAUGUCAAGUUUGUGUGUAUGGGAGGAACGCCGAAGCGUAUGGAACAAUUCGCUAAUUACAUAAUGAAGGAAAUAGGUCAUAAGCUUCCAGCCGGAACAACACUUCUUGAUAUUAGUCAGUAUUCAUAUCGUUAUUCUAUGUAUAAAGUUGGACCGGUUCUUUCUAUUAGUCAUGGAAUGGGUAUACCAUCGGUUGGAAUCUUGCUUCACGAAGUGAUUAAGCUGAUGUACCAUGCAAAGGUGAAAGAUCCAAUAUUCUUCAGGAUUGGUACAUGCGGAGGAAUUGGUCUUGAAGGUGGCACUGUCGUAAUUUCUGAGGAAGCAGUCGAUGGAAUGCUGAAGUCUUAUUUGGAACUGCCCGUGCUUGGUAAAAUGGUAAGAAGACCUGCUAAACUAGACAGACAGCUGGCUCGUGAUUUGAAGACAUUAGCACAUCGUGACAAUCCUUAUGAUACUGUAAUUGGUAAAACGAUGUGUACUUAUGACUUCUACGAAGGACAAGGCCGAAUGGAUGGUGCAUUCUGCGAAUUCACGGAAAAUGAAAAAAUAGAGUAUUUAAACAAGCUGCAUAAAGCUGGCGUAAUAAAUAUAGAAAUGGAGAGUCUUGCAUUUGCUGCUCUGACACAUCAUGCGGGCAUCAAAGCUGCUGUUGUUUGCGUAACAUUGAUAGAUCGAUUCAAAGGAGAUCAGGUAUUAGCGCCAAAAGAAGUUCUGGACGAAUGGCAAAUAAGACCGCAAGAAUUAAUCGCACGCUAUAUAACGAGAUAUCUUCAACGAAAAGGCCGUCUCUCCUUAGAAGGUCAUGGAUCAAUGUGUGUCAAGAGUCCACGUCGGUUUAAAUUGGUACAACAGGAAUCGGAAAACUAUGAUUAAAUUCAGGACAUGUCAAAUACAGAAAUUACUAAGAAAAACCAAUAUGGAUUUUGUUAAGAGAAGAAUGUACUCUUAUAGUACAAUGAAAACACACGGAUUUGUUAAUUCUAUCAACGAUUGAUGCACUGAUCAAACGUCCUUUUAUUCUUUUACGUAUGUUCAUAUUAUUGUCAUACAAAAAAUUUAAUGAAAAUGUUUUACCAUUAUUUUUUUUAUAAAAUGAACUAUUAUUUAUUUCUUUAAUGCGAGUUUUGUACCAAGAAAGUAUUUCUUAAAAAGUAUUUAGAUAUAAAAAUAAAAUUUAAGUUAUAUUAUGACAUUUUCUAGUAAAUCUUGGAUACUUAAUUAUUAAUAUUAAAUAGUAAUUAAUGAAAUUCGAUAUUGGCAAUAAAAUAAGUUAUCAUUUAACUUAUUAAGAGUUUUUUGCACUUUGUAGAAAUGUUUUUAAUAUCUUCUAUUUUUUUUGUUUAUAUAAUUAAUUGAGUUUUAAACUUUUAAAAUUUUAAAAUUGUGUACUUAUUUGUACGAUUUUUAAUGUAAAAUUUUAAAGUUCCUUUUUUAAGUUUAUAAUAAUCGCGAAAAAGAAGCUCAAAGAAUCGUAAACCUUAUCAGUUUUACUGCAUUACUGUGUUGCAGUGAUCCAAGUACAAACGAGGCAAGAUAUUUAAAGAUAUAAUUACCAAAGUACAUGAUGUAUCUACAUUUUAAUGACCAUAUUUGGCUACAUAUCUAUCGUCCGUGUAUUUUCUAAAAAUUUUAUUUCAGGCUGCAAUUAUAAUUAUAUCACAUAUGAAGAAAAUUAACAUUCAUCGACCAAGAGAUUUUUAUGUUUGAAACACGCGAAUCUUUAACAUAUAUUUUUUACAUGAAGCGCUGAAGUUCUACAACAGAUCUACGAAUGAUUUAUUAUAGAUCUAUGGUGCUCGCAGUUUUAUAUUAUUGAUUCUAUAAAAUUACAAAUUCUUUUAACUGUGUUUUAAGGACGUAUAAAAUAUCUUAUCGAUAAUGUUAAGAUUCUAUGUAUUAGUAAUUGAUUAGAGAUUUAGUAGUACAUUCCAUAUAGUUAAGUAAUAGCAUGUGCUUUUGUUCGAUCAAUAUUUAUAUAAUUGAGGUUUUUAUAUGUGUAUAUGUAUUAUAUACACCAUGAAUAAACGUAUAAAGACAACCUCAAUUAAAUUAAAGUUCAUCUGAGACUGGAUUAAAAAUUAAAAAAAAAAAAAA